UCUUCCACACUGAUUUCUUGCCUUCUCACUUGCAGCUACAGCUCCAAACGUUGGCAGCUGCAUGGAUCAGCCCAGACCCCCAGGAGGGGACAGAUGGACAGAGCCGCAGGGUGACAGGGAGCUGUUUCCUGAGGGGGAGCUACUGCUGCAGGCACUCAAUGGAUUUGCCAUCGCCGCAACUGGAGAUGGCUACAUCUUCUACAUCUCCCCUGCCGUGCGGGACUACUUGGGCUUCCACCAGUCGGAUCUCAUCUACCAGAGUGUGUACGAGAUGAUCCAUGCGGGCGACAGGGCCGUCUUCCGCCGCCAGCUGCACAGGACCCCACUGCAUGCUGCUGACAGUGAACGCAGCGCCACGUCCAGCCCCCAGCACCUCCAUGCUGAGAAGCAAUCCUUGGUGGAGAGGAGCUUCACCUGCCGCUUCCGCUGCCUGCUGGAUAACUCCUUGGGAUUCUUGGCCUUGAAUUUCCACACCAUUACAGGGUGCCUGAAGUUCCUUCUUGGGCAGCAAAAGUCAGCAGCAGACAAGUCCCCAGUUGCUCUCUUUGCCAUUGCCACACUCCUCCAGCCUCUCUCCAUCCUGGAGCUCCAGACCAAAACACUGAUCUUCCAGACAAAGCACAAGCUGGACUUCACUCCCAUGGCCUGUGAUUCCCGGAGGAAGGUUGUCCUGGGAUACACAGAAGUGGAGCUGUGCAGAAGAGGGUCCGGAUACCAGUUUUUUCAUGCGGCUGACAUGAUGCACUGCGCAGAGCACCAUGUGAGAAUGAUGAAGACAGGGGAGAGCGGGCUGACGGUAUUCCGGCUGCUGACCAAGAGGAGCAGCUGGGUGUGGGUGCAGGCCAACGCACGGCUGGUGUACAAACUGAUGCCCGACUGCAUCAUCGCCCGCCAGCGAGCCCUGUCGAAUGAAGAAGGGGAGGAACAUCUCCAGAAGAGAAACUUGCCGCUGCCUUUCAGCUUUGCCACAGGGGAAGCAGUCUUGUGUGGGAAUGACCUUCCUGGGUUCUUUGACUCGUUCCAAGCCAAGGAGGAGUUGCAGGUGCAAGCAAACUCCAAGUCAAGUCAGAGCAGCGCUUGGGACCCCAGCUCUCUCCUUGGGGCCAUGAUGAAGCAGGAUGCAUCCGUAUACAAUUCCCACGCUGAUAACGUGCCUCAGGUCUCCCUGCUAGCUCUCAUUCCUGAGCCUGAUGGGCUGACUCAGAAGGAGGAUGUCAGCAGGGCCAAGGAGGACAGCAACUCCCUCCUGGUGGUCAUCGAAACCCUCUUUGAGAAGAGUGAGGUGGAUGGAAACGUCUGCCAGACCCUAAAGGUGGACAGCACAGAGCUGCAGCAGUGGGAGGAGGAUCUGCUCAGCCUGGGGGUAGAGGAGGAGCCACUAGCUCAGGGGCUUGGCCAGAGGCCGGGCACCAAGGUGACAUCCUAUAUGGAGCAGAUGCUCCCCAGGGAGGGUGUUGGAAAGAGCCUGGACUUCCCACACUGCCAUGAGGAAAACAGUGCUAUGGCUCACUUCCAGCGCUGCUGGGCAGCUGGUUCAGCAUUCCCAGCACAGCCCCAGGCAGCGGGCACAUGGGGAGGCCAGGGGGCUGUGGGCUCCGUGGGCUCCGUAGCCUCCGUUACCUCUGAGGGCAGCUUUGCCCAGCCAGAGCAGCAGGCUGGGGCAGCUCCUCAGAGGAGCCAUGGGGCAGGGCCAGUGCACCACAGCGGACUCCUGCUGAACUCCAGCAUGGAUCCCAGCACCCACGAGAUGGACUGCGUUGUGCUGUCCAAGUGCCACUAUGGAAACAGCCUUUUUAGGCAUGAGAGCAACUUCCUGAGGGAUGCUGCUAAACCUGGUUUGGGGCUCCAUGUGAACCAGGAGCCCUGUCUUGAAAAGCCACCAGCAGCUGUGAGCUCUUCUGGUACCCGCCAGCGCCUGGCCAACGCCCCUGGAAAAAGGAGCCGGGCGGAAACAAGGAAGUCGGAUAGAGAAAGCGACAAGUGUCGCCACAAUCCGUCACCGCGGGAGACACAGCCGCUGACGCCGCCACUGCUGAGCCGUCAGCGCCAGAGUCUGCCCGGUGGGAAAAAGCCCUUGGACCACGGCAUCUCAGGGAGUAGACGCAACUUCCGCACACCCUGA